AUAAUGAACGUGCUGUCGAACCCGGCCAUCAGGGCCCAGGAGCAGGCUCUGCCUCUGUGUGGCCCUGGAUCCGUCCAGGACCUGACCCACUGCCCUGCGGGGUUCACCCUGAGCUCCCGGCUGACCCCUGCACCCCUGCUGAGCCUGCAGAGCCCCCACAGAUCCAGCAAGUCCCAGCGGGAGCUGAGCCCCGAGGAGCAGCAGGAGCUGCGCAGGAAGAUCAACAGCCGGGAGAGGAAGAGGAUGCAGGACCUGAACAUCGCCAUGGACGCCCUGCGGGAGGUCAUGGUGCCGUACGCCUCGUCCCCCUCCUCCUCCUCCUCCUCCUCUUCGCCCCAGUCCCACGGGGCCCCCCCCGGCCGCCGGCUCUCCAAGAUCUCCACCCUGGUGCUGGCCCGGAACUACAUCCUGCUGCUGGGCUCGUCCCUGCAGGAGAUGCGGCGGCUGCUGGGGGAGGUGAGUGUGGGCAUGGGCGUGAGCGCGGGGCCGGUCCCCCGCCUGCUGCUGGCCGGAGGGUGGCCCCUCAUCUCGGGGUCCGGCCAGCUCCUCCUCACCCAGGAGUCCCUCCUCUCCUCAGCAGCCUCGUCUUCCGCCUCCUCCCCGACCUCCUCGUCCUCCGCGGCGGCUAAGUGCACCCUGCUCUCCCCGGGGGCCAUGGAGCCCUCGCUGGCCCCGGUGACCUGGAGCUCUGCAGGGGCCCCGGCGGGGCCCCUUUGUCCCUGUGGCGUCUGCAGACUGCCCCGGUUCAGCCACGCAACUCCAGCUCCCAGAUUCCCAAAGUGACAUCUCAAAAGCUCCAGGAUUUUUGAGGGAAGGACUUGAUGACUGUCAUAAAUAUAUAUAUGCACACUUUUUAUAUAGAAUUGUUAUUUUUCUAACAUUUUAACAUGUUUGUAAUAUUUUACUACACUACUCAUGAUA